GUGUGUGUCCUUACGCAACUAACUAAGCAUCGUGAAGUAUCGCUUGGACCGUUCACUCAGUCGUUCACAGUUCGAGGGAAACACCACAUCGGCUGCCAGAGACUCGAUCGUCGCGUGUGACCAGAGUAAGAAUACACUACGAGAACAUGUCGACGUACAAGCUAACAUACUUCAACGUCACCGGCCUUGGGGAGUGUAUUAGGUACUUGUUGAGCCAAUGCGGCAUCAAGUUCGAGGAUGUCAGGAUCAACUUCGACGACUGGCCCAAGCAUAAAGCAAACAUGCCGAUGGGCCAAAUGCCGAUCCUGGAGAUCGACGGCAAGGUGUACCACCAGUCCAAGGCCAUCUCCCGCUUCCUCGCUAAGAAAGGCAAGCUGUACGGAGCCAACGAGAUCGAAGCGAUGGAGAUCGACGCCGUGGUCGACGAUAUCGAAGACUUGAGACACGCUUUAUCCGUAUACUAUUGGGAACAAGACGCCACCUUCAAAGCGAAGCUGAAGGAGAUCGCCUAUCAAAAACUGCCGGUCUACCUUGACAAGUUGGAGGCUCAAGUGAAGAACAACGGCGGUCACUUCGUCAAUGGCAAGCUGUCGUGGCCAGAUUUCCUGUGGGCUGCGUACAACCAAUAUUUGGGCGUUGUCUUAGGAGGAGAUCCGAACAAGGAUCAUCCAGAGUUGAAGAAACUCGUGGAGAAAGUUCAAGCCCUCCCCAACAUUAAAGCUUACCGCGAGAAACGACCCAAGACUCAGUUGUAAAUAAAAUUCGAAGUGCCCGUAUUAUGUCGUCAAGAUUGCAAAUUUGUUAUACCGUUAUCAUCGUUUUUACUAACUUUUUUAAAUUACAAUAACUGUUUUAAAAAAAAACAUAUAACAUAUUCAUGAGGGAAUUCCGAGUAUAACUGGUUUACAUACUGAUCAGUACUAUCGUAUGACAAAUGUGAGGAAUUAUAUAAUAAGGUCUGUUAAAUAAAGUCAUCUCGGAGAUUAUCGAGAGA